GCGUAGCUUUGAGAUGGAUGAUCUCCACGGAGACGACGAGGCGCACACGUUCCCUCGCUUCCCCUACUUCUCGGCGCCGUCGGCAUCGCCGCCACUCGCGUCACCGCUGGCCUCGUCGUCGAACGAUCAGCACCACAGCCCGCUCGCCGCAGCGCUCCAGCAGCUGACCCCGCCGCCGUGGCCGUGUUCUCCUCCUGAUCUGACCCCUCAGCCGAUGCUGCCGGCGAUGGUGGAGUUGGACUGGUCGUCCAUGUUCCAGAUGGGUCCGGUGGCUCCGCCAGAGCAGAAGGAGGAGCAGGCCGCGCAGGCGGAUCGGACUCAGGGCGGGGAGAACGACGGCGAGGCGGGUGGCAGCGGAAGUGGUGGCAAAGACAGGGAGAAGGCGGAGGGAAGCGCGGGGAGAUCGGGGAAGAAGAAGGUGAGCAAGCCGCGAUUCGCGUUCCAGACGAGGAGCGAGAACGAUAUCCUGGACGACGGCUACCGCUGGAGGAAGUACGGGCAGAAGGCCGUCAAGAACAGCUCCAACCCUAGGAGCUACUACCGGUGCACCCAUCCCACAUGCAACGUGAAGAAGCAGGUGCAGCGCCUGGCCAAGGACACGGCCAUCGUGGUGACCACGUAUGAGGGCGUGCACAACCACCCCUGCGAGAAGCUCAUGGAGGCGCUCGGCCCCAUCCUGAAGCAGCUCCAGUUCCUCUCCCAGUUCUAAUCAUCCACAUUCAGACGGCAAGCUUCCAUAAUAUAACCUGGCCAAGCCACAAAAAUGCAAGUAUAAUACUCUAUGUGGGAGUAAAGGAGGGGGGGGGGGGGGCCUACAACUGCACAUAUGCAUAAUGUUUUAAUCUCAUCGCUCUGGCAAUUACAUUCUUCGUGUUGAUACAUCCAAAAUAAGGCACAAAAUGGAUAUGGUUUGACAAUAUUUGUUAUGCUUUUCUUUUUAUGUACUAUAUAAUUGUAUGUGUGUUGUCACGGGCUAUAAAUACUCUAGUAUUGCUAUCCCGUGAUUUACCUGCUCAUAUUGAUGUGAUUGUGUAAAUAAAUGUUAUCAAAUCCUACCUACGGAAGACACUUUAUUGAUCUUUAA